AUGGCGUGGAAUUCAAGCUUCUUUAUCAUCCUGGCCUCUUUGUAUUUCAAAGACCUCGCUAUUGCUAAAAAUCCGUGCAAGACAGGAGUUAGCGUACCCGGUAUGGCUCUCAAAGGAUUCGUCUUUAAAAAGGUCCCAGUAACAGCUCCUCACGUGUGCGAUGUCACCUGCGAGAGGGAGACGAUAUGUCAAAGCUACAAUUAUGUAAUUGGGGAAAAGUCCUGUGAAUUAAAUACCCGAACCAAGGAAGCAAGGCCCGAAAAUUUCCAGCCAGAUGGUUUACGCUUUUACAUGGGACGCAUUAGUGGUAGAAGUAUGUAUCCGGUUUAGUUUAUUUUACAUACAAAUCUUUCUCAGUGAGUUCCUAGUAAGACCUCGCUACUUUCUGAGAGCUGAUGUCCGAUUGCUUUGUUAUUAAAUAGGGUCAGUUUCUUAAAGCAAAAUUCGCCUUCCAUACAUAUAUUGAUAUCAGCUAAACUACUCAACUCUUAAUUAUUGUUAUUCCAUGUUUAUCUUGCUCGGACAAACAUAUUUUCAGAUCUAAUCUGUUUUUCAACUUCUAUUACCCUUAAACUAUUAAUGAAGUCAUGUCUAUAUAUUAGCCCCCUUAGGAUCUAUUCCUGAAUUACCAGCGUUAUCGUGCCAAGAGAUAAAAUUAAGUGAAGGCAAAGACAGCAUCAGUAAAAACUACUGGUUGGAUCCAACUAAUGUCGGGAGCUCAAAGUUGGUUUACUGCGACAUGAUUUUGGAAGGUAAGUCAGUAUACCAAGAACAGAAUUUACACAGCGUUUGGUCUACCUUUGCCCUAGCCUUUUGUGAAAUGUAUUCACCUUGUCUCAGUGAUUUCUUCGAUUAAUUUCCAAUUAGAAAUCGAUGAAUGUAAAAGCAGCAAUAACGUUUGUGACGAAAAUGCAAACUGCUCCAAUACUGUUGGGUUUUAUAAUUGCACCUGCAAAGAAGGGUUUACUGGGGAUGGACACUCGUGCUCAGGUAAAUUAGUUAUAGACAUGCCGAGGUAAAAUACUUAAUUUUUUUUUCGUCGAAAAAGCGCUGGUUGUACAUUUCAGCUAUCUACAAUCGAGUGAGUGAAUAAUAGACCAAUAAUAGCUUGUAUGCUAUAUCAGAGAAGCCUUUGCAUUAAAAAACGCAAUUUUAGCAGGAACUACUGUCCUACUAUUGUUAAGUUUUGUCUUUUUAAGCAGCAUUACCCAUACAUGUUUAUGCAAGGAGCUGCCAUGAUCUACAUCCGGUUUUUUUCAGAGCCAUCAUGUUAGGAAAUUUAAAAUCAUUAGAGAAGAGAAUAAAAUAUCUAGGUUGCACGUUUCAAAAGUCUAGUUCGUUAAAGACGAAAAAGUGAAAGCUUUUACUUAUAAUUUGAAAUGAUUAAAGUAAUUACAAAUCGUUAGGUGACGAAAAUAAAGUGCAAAAUGCAUUUACGGUUUCUCAGAUAUUGAUGAGUGUAAAGGAAAUCACUCCUGUCACGUGAAUGCUAAGUGCAAUAACACCCUUGGAUCACAUGUAUGUGAAUGUCAGCCUGGAUAUACUGGAAAUGGACAAAACUGCAGAGGUGAAUUUAAUCUCUUUGCUAUAAUAUCUGGAAUAGUCCUGCAUGACCCCUUCGACAACAGCGCCGCACCAUUCAGCCGCGUCGCAAGAAAAUAAGAUAAUUGAUCAUUCAGUCAUAACUUGUUUUAAUUAAGCAGCCCUUUCUCAUGUUAAGGACCUUUUAGGUAAUGUUCCUGACUUUUGAAUGAACAAAUUUGGUGACUGAUAUAAUUGAUAUUCUACUUUUAAUUGAACGUUACAUCAAUGAUUGACAAAAGCAUGAAAACAAGAUGGAUAUGUGAGUGAUUUUGCAUGGCACUGAGUUUUUGUUGACGCUUAAGAUAUAUUUGAGGGAAAAAGUUGGAAAUUAUUAUCAUCAAGUUUUAUAAAAUAAUCAAGAUACUGGUAGCGCCGUGAUUGGUCAAAAACCCAUCGUUGAUUGCACCUAUAAACCCAUGGAAAAUUAAUUGUUUUCUCUCAGACGUUGACGAAUGCAGCAAAUGAACGGAUGCCAUCCGUUCAUUUAAGCUCAUACCGUCAAAAUGAACGGAUGCCAUCCAAAUUCAUCUUGCACUAAUACCCAGGGCUCAUCAUACAACUGUUCUUGCAAUCCUAUGUAAAUUGGGGAUGGUUUUGAAUGUAAAGGUUAGUUUGGUUUUUCAUGAAGGCGAUGAAAUCUAUAUUUUGUUUCCCACGUUAAACGUAGCAGUAAAUUGGCUUAGAGCUGAAUUUCAUUCGAAAUUCAAAUCCAGGAGGCAUAAUUUUACGCUCCCUUGUGCACAAAAACGAAACAACUUUUGAUUAUACAUGACUAUAAAUAUAUGAAAAUCAUGCAUGUGCACUGCGGUUGAAGAAACGAAUAUAGAGGCAAUCCUCGCAGUUAUGAAUACCACUGAACUAGUAGUGAAAAUAAGGCCUGAAAAAAAUUCAGGUCCGUACGGGAUUUCAACCCAUGACCUUUACGAUACCGGUGCAACGCUCUACCAACUGAGCUAACAGGCUAACUGGGAGCUGCUAGUUACAAAUAAACCAUCUAAUUGGUGAAUACAUUAAUGUAAACAUAUGAAAAUCAUAUAUGUGCACUGCUACUGCCAGUGUAGUAGUGUUCAAAACUGCGAAGAUCGCUUCAAUGUUUGAAACUUUUGAUUAUGUUUUUAAAACCUUACACGAACUUUUACAUGAUGCAGACAUGACACACUACGUGGAACUAAAAAACUGUUAAGAAACUCUAACCUUAAAAGAUUCCCCCAUAAUAACAGGUAUGAUCAAUCAAAUUCGUUUGACUUUUGCAAGCCAAUUUGCGCUAUGGUUGUAAAUAAUUGUAUGAUGCUAAUAGGCAGAGAGUUCUUAUACAGUCAAGGGAAAUAACUGUGUUGUUACCAAAUACCUCUGGGCUGGUAUCGUUGUGUGGGAAGUGAGGGUCAAGAAUGUCUUAAGCGCAUUUGGCAGCAUUCAGUUGAGGUACAAACAACUACAGGCUUUGAUGGGCGAUUAAAGUAAGAGGAAAGAUAAUUCUUUACAAUACUAUCAUUUCAUUUUAGUUCUUUUGUGCAUCAUUAUUGUCCAACGCAAGAUUCUCUUUAAAAUUAACUUAAUGCAUAGUUUUUCUUGUAACACGCAAGUCCUAUCCGAUUAUUAUCGAACUGAUUGACUUGAAAAAUGUCAAAAACAGAAAAAUGAUAUCAUUAAUACUGCAACAUUUUGUAAUAUUCAUUUAUUUUAAUAGCCGACCCAUGUUAUUAUCAUCAAAACCUGAGUGAUGCCGAUAGAAAGAACAGUUACGCUACACCGGGAUUUGACAUGUACUACUUAGCCCCUUAAUUAAUGUAAAGUCACUUGUCUUCUUAAGUGCAAGUUUCACCACUGAUUGACAAGCUGCUAGAAUUAUAGGACGUUAGAAAAGAUCUUGAACCAUUGAUGUUAAUAACCUAAGUCCUGUGCAAUUAUUUCACUUUGUAGCCGAUCCUUGCUAUCAUUAUAAAAACCUGAGUGAAGCCAGUAGAAAGAUAAAUUACAGUACACCUUUAGGUUCAGCGUCGUGUGACUACCAACUCCCUUUUGGAUGGUAUCGUUUUGUGGGAGCUGCAGGAACAAAAAUGCCAACAACACGUGUGCCAGCAUACAAAUGUGGUACAAACUGGUCAGGCUGGUUGGAUGGUUCUCAUCCUACAGUGGAAGAUGGUGAAGUUCCAAGGAAGGUCUGCUUUAGUGGUCGCUCUACUGGUUGCAGAUACUCAACAAAUAUUUUUGUAAAAAACUGUGGAUCCAACUUUAUCUACGAACUUAAACGCCCACCUGGUUGUGCCUUACGCUACUGUAGUACAGACUGAAUGUAAAGCAAAUGUACUUCGCGUAGUAAGAGGACUCAUAAAUCGCUCUGUAGGUACAUGUGUACAAGGUUUUGACAUGUGACGUAUUCAACUUUUCUUCUCUAUCGUCAACAUUAUCAGCAGAUUUUAACUUUGGUGGCAAACAAGUAUUUAUUUCAUUAGAAUGAUAAUUCUCAUCGGAUAGCCUUUGUCAUUGAAGAGAGAAUUGCCCAAAGGAUCUUUAAAGUAAUCUUCAAGUAAAAUCUGCAAGACAC